UGCAUACCCUAUCCCUUACCAAAUGCUUCCACCUCCGUCUAAUCAAUUUUCCAACCAUAAUGAACUUCUUGAAUAUGUACGAGCCUUUUCUAAAACCCAAGAAUAUGCAGUAACAAUAAAAAGGUCACAAGCAGAUAAAAAUAGCGAAAUCAAAAAUAUGACAUUAGGUUGUGAUAGAAGCGGUUCCUAUAGAAACAGACUAAAUUUAACAAAUAAUUCAUGUUGUAGACAGACAGCCUUAAGGCUUUUGAGUUGUCCAUUUGAACUUUAUGGACAAUGGGAACAAGUUCAGAGAAUGUCAGCUGCUGGUUCCCAUCCAUGUCAAAUUUUAGCAACUAUUCAUCAGAACGAUUCCUCCUCAAUGGCUAUAUCCAGAACAAUAUAUAACACCUUAUAUUCUAUUUGCCAAGAAAGACUUAACGGUCAUAUGCCAGUACAAGCCCUUAUUGAUGAACUGCAAGGAUCCGACUUUGAAUUCAAAUAUUAA